AUGAGCUCUGGGAUUACAUUGGAGACAGGAAUCAGGGCUGUUGAAUGUGCAGUUCUUGCCUUGCACAGUGUUAUCGGUUUUGUCGAGCCAUUCACGGGCUUGCUUGCGCAGACUUUUCAAGACAAGGGUGCCAUGCCGAAAUGGUUCUUUCCAGCGGCGGGUGUACUGCAUGCCACCUUUGCCUACCUCAACUUUUUUGGGAAUGAAGCUAUGAUCCUCGUAGCACAAGCCUAUAUUGCUUCCUUUCAUCUAGGAGCCAGUUUCUUUCAUGUCCGACUUGGUCAUCAUCCACUAACAUUCUUUGCUCCGAGUGGUUUCCCAGUCUUUGCCUUUGUUGUGACUGCCCUUCGAACGAAUGUAUGGUGGGCAAUUCUUGGUUUGAUUGGUUGCAUUGCACUAGCAGCUUUCCUGACUUGGCUUUUGGUUAACCCACCAUCGAAUCAUCAUGAUAGACCAGAUUCUUCAACUCCACUAUUCUUUGCCGACAACAAAUUAUCAACGUCGCAGACUACAGAAACGAUUCGAUUAUCAUGA